AUGACCAGUGUUUUCUUGUCUCUGUUGUUGCAGAUCCUCCUCCUGGCUCCCAUGUGCAGUCAGUCCUGUCAUCGUGCUGAGUAUCUGUACAAGGGCGAGUGUUGUCCCAUGUGUCCUGCAGGGACGUUCGUGAAGAAGGACUGCUCUGAGUUCCGCAGCACCUCCUGUGAACCGUGUCCUGAUGGUACAUACCAGGAAGAGCCGACUGGGCGGGGACAGUGUCAGCGCUGCCGCAUGUGUGCUGCAGACCAGCCCGCCUCAGACCAGCCCGCCUCAGACCAGCCCGCCUCAGACCAGCCCGCUUCAGACCAGCCCGCUUCAGACUUCUACAAAUCUGCUGUGGACAAAGCAUUGGGGAGCCGUGACGGAGUCUGGGAUCUUCUGGCUCACUGCUGUGCUCACAGAUUAAAACCCGGAUUGAGGAAAUUCACUGUAGACUUGACCUACGACCUGCGUCUGAAGCACUCCAGGAUCGUCAUCAGCAAACAGACAGCUCUGAUGCGUCAGAGACAUGACACAGAGAGUCAGAGACAUGACACAGAGAGUCAGAGACAUGACACAGAGAGUCAGAGACCUGUCACAGAGAGGGACAGACGUGCUGGGGUGAGGGUCCGGCAUGUGUUCUGUGAACAGCAGCUGAGGGGUCUGUGUUACUGGGAGCUGCAGUGGGACGGGACGGUGGGAGUGGGAGUCUGCUACAAAGGAUCCGCCUUAGACCAAGUCCUGGGAUGUGACCACAGGUCCUGGGGCGUGUUCUGCUCCAAUCAACCCAACAGCUGCUUGGACUUCACUAAAUCUGCCAAACAAGCACGGAUCCCCCCCCUGAAGAACAGGAGAGUCUGCCAGGUCCCCUCCCAGAGGAUGGCGGUGUAUCUAGACUGGGUGGCGGGGACUCUGAGCUUCUACAGCGUCAUGGCAGACGGAGAGCAGCGUCCUGUCACCACCUUCACAGAUUCUUUCACGGAGCCUCUGGUGCCUCUGUUCUGGCUGCAGUACGGCUCUGUCACACUGUGUGACACUGAGGGCACAAACCAGUGA